UAGAACCCUCCAGUGUGUGUCGACGCACGGUCCUCCUCCCUCAAGCCUCUUUAAAUUGUCUUCACCGCCGAGCUAUCGACAUUUUUCGGGCACUUCGUCAACAGAAGCUUGUAGCUGUAUGUGUGUCCCCGAGGAUAUUCGUUUCUCCGCCGGAGCCUCUGGAACAGCCCGUUAACACAAGCGGAGGUGUGUUAUUUUUUAAAAAGACGCUGCUGACCGUGGUGGGCGGAUAAAGGCGAGCCGAGGAGGGCAUCCGGCCCUGGCUGGUAACUCCGGAGUGCGGGUUUGAAGGGACUGUAUUCAACAUUUUCAGACUGUGAACUGCUUUGCUAUGGAGAAGAUGAAGAGGAUAAAGAAGCGCCUGUCGUUGACCCUCCGGCCCAGUCUGACCAUCGACGAAUCUCUCUCAGAACUGGCUGAGCAGAUGACCAUGGAGGACGGAGGGACCAAGGAUAAUGAGCCCUUUAUGAGGAAUGGCCGCCCCCCCACCUCCCACAGCAUGCACUCCUUUCUGCACCAGUACACAGGCUCCUUCAAGAAGCCGCCCCUCCGCCGGCCGCACAGCGUCAUCGGCGGAAGCCUCGGGUCCUUCAUGGCCAUGCCACGCAACGGCAGCCGCCUCGACAUUGUUCAUGAGAACCUGAAGAUGGGUUCUGAUGGGGAAAGCGACCAGGCUUCAGGAACAUCUUCAGAUGAGGUCCAGUCGCCUACAGGUGUCUGUCUGAGGAACAGAGUUCACCGCCGCAUCUCCAUGGAGGAUCUGAACAAGCGCUUGUCGCUGCCUGCUGACAUCCGGAUCCCCGACGGCUACCUGGAGAAGCUGCAGCUCAGCAGCCCGCCCUUCGACCAGCCGCUGAGCCGACGCUCCCGCCGGGCCUCACUGUCUGAGAUCGGCUUUGGGAAGUUGGAGACGUACAUUAAGCUGGACAAACUGGGCGAGGGAACGUACGCCACCGUGUUCAAGGGGCGCAGCAAGCUGACGGACAACCUGGUGGCGCUGAAGGAGAUCAGACUGGAGCACGAAGAGGGAGCGCCGUGUACGGCCAUCAGAGAAGUGUCACUUCUAAAAGACUUGAAACACGCCAACAUCGUGACGUUGCAUGACAUCGUCCACACCGACAAAAGCCUCACGCUGGUCUUUGAGUACCUGGAUAAAGAUCUGAAGCAGUACAUGGACGACUGUGCAAACAUAAUGAGCAUGCACAACGUGAAGAUCUUCCUGUUUCAGAUUUUACGAGGGCUGUCCUACUGUCACAAGAGGAAAGUUCUCCACAGAGACCUGAAGCCGCAGAACCUCUUAAUCAAUGAAAGGGGGGAACUGAAACUGGCUGAUUUUGGUCUUGCCAGGGCGAAGUCGGUCCCCACCAAGACGUACUCCAACGAGGUGGUGACUCUUUGGUACCGGCCUCCUGACGUCCUCCUGGGGUCCUCGGAGUACUCCACACAGAUCGACAUGUGGGGCGUGGGCUGUAUAUUCUACGAGAUGGCUGCAGGUCGGCCGCUCUUCCCCGGCUCCACCGUGGAGGAUGAGCUGCAUCUCAUUUUCAGGAUGCUGGGUACGCCCACAGAGGAGAACUGGCCGGGAAUCUCCUCCAUAGAAGAGUUUAAAUCGUACAACUUCCCCAAAUACAAACCGCAGCCGCUGAUCAACCAUGCGCCCAGGCUGGACAGUGAAGGCAUCGAGCUGCUGCUGGCUUUCCUCAGAUACGAGUCCAAGGCGAGGAUUUCAGCUGACGAGGCUAUGAAACAUUCCUACUUCAGGCAGCUGGGGAUGAGAGUCCACACCCUGCAAGAAAGUGUGUCAAUUUUCACAUUAAAAGAGGUGCAGCUUCAGAGAGACCCAGGCUACAGGAGCUCCUCCUACCCAGAGUCAGGGAACAGCAACAUCAACAGAAGGCAAAGCAUGCUUUUCUAAUAUUUCCUGAAGAGGACGGUCAACCGGCCGGCUUCGUCUGCACCUCCCAGCAACUCCUAGCAUGAGCCCACCUCCCCCUGGAGCUCCUCUCCUCACCCGCACACACACGCGUACACACACACACACA